UACUGUUUUUCAUAGUGGCUACACCAUUUAAAUCAACAUAUUUUUUGAGCACCUACCAUCAGUGACCAAGAGAGAUUUAAGAAAUCCCUGUUUUCAUGGAAUUUAUAUGAGGGGUUACACAGACAAUAUGUAUGGUAAAUAAAUUAUGUAAUUUGUUUGUGAUAAUUCCCACAGAGGAAAAAAAUGGAACUUGUGGAAGGAUAUUGGGAAUAUCUCAAAAUUUAUUACAAUUGAAUGUUUCUGUUUUAUUCUGUUCUAUCAUACAGUGCAAGAAUUAGUCGCUCUCAAAAAAAAUUAGUCUACUCUCAUAUAAUUAUUUUUUACCUAGUAAAGGCUCAAAGCAGACGAAAAAUUAUUAUUUCUUAACUUAACCAUUUUAUUCAUCCAGUAUCAUUGUGAUGUGAGUAUAAUUCUCAUUUCAGAUGAAGAGUAUGGGAAUUCUAAAUUGUGCAUGUCUUUUACCUCAGUUGCCAAGAUAAAUAGGAAACAGAAUAGCUCCAACUCUCUUUUACUCCAAAUCUAGGGAUAUUGUAAAUAUGAAUCUUCUUUGACUCAGUUUUGUAUCUGUGACUGCACUGGGUCUACACCUUUCUGCUCACAGAAGAUAUUUGAAAAGCAGAUAUUAUGUGAACAUCACUGUUGUGUUUACCUUGUUUCUAAAGUCUUGAUGUUUUCUUGAAUGCCUGGUUCAACCUAGGUUGCUGAGUCUUUUGAGUUUUCCUCUAAAUUCUUGCUGUCUUUGUAUCCACCAUCUCUGGGCAGUAACCCCAGAGAAUGUGAAUUACAAGCAAGGAAGCUAAUUGGGACUGUAUUAAUUAUCUACUAUUGUGUAACAAAUUACCUCAAAAUUCAGUGGUUUAAACAACAAUAAACAUUUAUUAUCGCUCACUCUGUGGGGGUGGGGAACAACUUAGCUGGAUACUCUGGAUCAUAUAUUUCAUGAAGUUGCAGUCAAGAUGUUAACAAAGCUACAGUCAUUGGAAGGCUAGAUGGCUGGAGGAUUUGCCUCCUAGAUGGCUGGCAAGUUAGUGUUGGCUGCUGGCAGGAGCAUCUCCCCAGGCCUGGCUGAAUGUCUUCAUCGUAUGGUGGCCGACUUUCUUCAAUGUUCAUGAUUCAAAAAUAUGCAAUACAGAAACCACCAUGUCUUUCAUGACCUAACUUUGGAAGUCACACACUGUCAGUUUUUGCAGUAUCCUGUUGGUUAAACAGGACAACUUUAUUCAGUGUGCAAAGGGUAUACAAAAAAAACCCAUGAAUACCAUAAGGCAGUGAUCAUUGGAAGCCAUCUGGGUUACCAGAGGGAUCUAGUGAGGAAACAUCAAGUAAAUUGAAUUUAUAUUAUAAGCCCACAGGUCCUGCCUCCACGGCGAUAAGAUAGAUCUGCGGUGUGAGUAAAAAGCCCGGAGAGCAGGUGUCCAUCAUGGAAGGAGACCUUCUGACCUGAGAACUCUCCUGGAGGCUGGGGAAGCCCGAGAUAGAGCAGACCCUAGAAUUGCUGGAUCUACAGCUUACCUUAACCUUUCUGCCCUUAGUGGGCAAGGCCUGAAUGACAUCUCAGCCUUCAGAGAUCAGCAAAAGCUGUGUGACAAUGGAGCGUUUAACCCAGAUGAUGGAAAGGAGAGCUUGGCAUCCUCAGGACUCUGAUCUUUUGGAGGAAGAAGAGAAUAUGACCAGGUCUCUUGAAACGGUGACAUUUAAGGAUGUUGCUGUGGACCUCACCCAGGAGGAAUGGCAGCAAAUGAAACCUGCUCAGAGGAACUUGUAUCGGGAUGUAAUGCUAGAGAACUAUAGCAACCUAGUCACAGUUGGUUAUCAAGUCACCAAACCAGAUGUGAUCUUCAAGUUGGAGCACGAAGAGGAACCAUGGGUGGUAGAGGAGGAAAUGCUUGGAAGGCACUGUCCAGAAGUUUGGGAAGUUGAUGAACAGAGCAAGAAGCGACAGGAAACACUUGUGAGGAAAGUCACAUCCAUCUCCAAGAAAACUCUGAUUAAGGAAAAUGUCAUUGAAUGUAAAAGAGUUACAAAAAUAUUUCCUUUGAGCUCAGAUAUUCUUACUUCAAGACAAAACUUCUUUGACUGUGACUCACUUGAUAAGGGUUUGGAACAUAAUUUAGAUUUACUUACUUAUGAGAAGAAUUGUGUAAGAGAGAAAAACUAUGACUAUAAUAAGUAUGGGAAGCCUUUUUACCACUGCUCAUCCCAUGCUCUAACCCCCUUUAAGUGUAAUCAGUGUGGACAAGACUUCAGUCAUAAAUUUGACCUCAUCAGACAUGAAAGAAUUCAUGCUGGAGAGAAACCCUAUGAGUGUAAGGAAUGUGGAAAAGCCUUCAGCAGGAAGGAAAAUCUUAUUACACAUCAAAAAAUUCAUACUGGGGAAAAACCAUAUAAGUGUAAUGAAUGUGGAAAAGCUUUCAUUCAGAUGUCAAACCUUAUUAGACACCAGAGAAUUCAUACAGGGGAGAAACCUUAUGCAUGUAAGGACUGUUGGAAAGCCUUCAGUCAAAAAUCAAAUCUUAUUGAACAUGAGAGAAUUCAUACUGGAGAAAAACCCUAUGAAUGUAAAGAAUGUGGAAAAUCCUUCAGCCAGAAGCAAAACCUUAUUGAGCAUGAGAAAAUUCAUACUGGGGAGAAACCUUAUGCAUGUAAUGAAUGUGGUAGAGCCUUUUCUCGAAUGUCAUCUGUUACUCUACACAUGAGAAGUCACACAGGGGAGAAGCCCUAUAAAUGUAAUAAAUGUGGAAAAGCCUUCUCUCAAUGCUCAGUAUUUAUUAUACAUAUGAGAAGUCAUACAGGUGAGAAACCCUAUGUGUGUAGUGAAUGUGGGAAAGCAUUCUCUCAAAGUUCAUCCCUUACUGUACAUAUGAGAAAUCAUACAGCUGAGAAACCCUAUGAAUGUAACGAGUGUGGAAAAGCCUUCAGCAGGAAAGAAAAUCUCAUUACACAUCAGAAAAUUCAUACUGGAGAGAAACCAUAUGAAUGUAAUGAAUGUGGGAAAGCUUUUAUUCAGAUGUCAAACCUCAUUAGACACCAGAGAAUUCAUACUGGUGAGAAACCUUAUGCAUGUACAGUAUGUGGGAAAGCCUUUAGUCAGAAAUCAAAUCUCACCGAACAUGAGAAAAUUCAUACUGGAGAAAAACCCUAUAAUUGUAAUCAAUGUGGAAAAGCUUUCAGUCAGAGACAAAAUCUCCUUGAGCAUGAAAAAAUUCAUACUGGAGAGAAACCGUUUAAAUGUAAUGAAUGUGGUAAAGCCUUUUCUCGAAUCUCAUCUCUUACUCUUCAUGUGAGAAGUCAUACAGGGGAGAAACCGUACGAAUGUAAUAAAUGUGGAAAAGCCUUCUCUCAAUGCUCAUUACUUAUUAUACAUAUGAGAAGUCAUACCGGUGAGAAACCUUUUGAAUGUAAUGAAUGUGGGAAAGCAUUCUCUCAAAGAGCAUCCCUUUCUAUACAUAAGAGAGGGCAUACAGGUGAGAAACCCUACGAAUGCAAGAGAUGUAAGGAAACUUCCAGGUGCCAGUCACACCAUAUUCAACAUGAAAGAAAUCGUAAUAAGGAAAAAGACUCUAAAUGUGGAGAAUGUGGGAAAGCCUUUAGUAGUAAGUCAGACUUGAUUAAGCAUCAGAGAAUUCAUGAAAGCAAAAAAAGUAAAGAAAAUAAGAAAUGUGCUGUUAUUCAUGGCUCUGAAACAACUAAACCUCAGAGCAUUAAUACUAGUGAGAAACCUUAUAAAUGUAAGGAAUGUGGGAAAGCCUUUCAUUCUAACUCACAACUUAGGAAACAUCAAAAGAUCCACAUAGGUGAGAAACCCUAUAAAUGUAAGGAGUGUGGGAAGGCCUUUCCGUCUACCUCACAACUUAGUUUACAUCAGAGAAUUCAUACCGAUGAGAAAUACUAUGAAUGUAAGGAAUGUGGGAAAGCCUUUACCCGUCCCUCACAUCUUCUUCGACAUCAGAGAAUCCAUACUGGUGAGAAACCCCAUAAAUGUAAGGAAUGUGGGAAAGCUUUCCGUUACGACACGCAACUUAGUCUUCAUCAGCUCAUUCAUACUGGUGAGAGACGCUAUGAAUGUAAGGAGUGUGGAAAGGUAUAUAGUUGUGCCUCACAACUGAGUCUACAUCAAAGAAUUCAUACUGGUGAGAAACCUCAUAAAUGUAAGGAAUGUGGGAAAGCUUUUAUCUCUGAUUCCCAUCUUAUUCGACAUCAGAGUGUUCAUACUGGUGAGAAACCAUAUAAAUGUAAAGAAUGUGGGAAGGCCUUUCGUCGUGGCUCGGAACUUACUCGACAUCAGAGAGCUCACACUGGUGAGAAACCCUAUAAAUGUAAGGAAUGUAAAAUGGCCUUUACUUGUAGCACAGAACUUAUUCGACAUCAAAAAGUUCACACUGGUGAGAGACCCCAUAAAUGUAAGGAAUGUGGGAAGGCCUUUAUUCGAAAGUCAGAACUUACUCAUCAUGAGAGAAGUCAUAGUGGUGAAAAGCCCUAUAAGUGUAAGGAAUGUGAAAAAGCAUUUGGUCGUGGCUCAGAACUUAAUCGACACCUGAAAAUUCAUACUGGUGAGAAACCUUACAAAUGCAAGCAAUGUGGGAAGGCCUUUAUUCGUGGUUCACACCUUAGUAAACAUCAAAGAAUUCACACAGGAAAGAGGAGUGAAUGAAGUUAUGUGGGAAGGCUCAAAAUUUUAUGGACCUCUGCAAAGUCAAACUAGUAAAACACGAAAACCCCUGUGAUUUUAAGAAAUGUGGGAUAGCCUUUGAAAAUAACUUCAUAUCGGAGCUUACACUGUGGAUACAGGGCCUUUAUUUGAGGGCCAUAAUUUAUUUGACAUGUGUUAAUGUUGAUAUACUUUAUAAAUGUUAGGGAUUGAGAGGGUUCUAUUUAUGUUUCAAAAUUUACUAGAUACCAAGGUUCAAAUGAUAUAAAAGUGAAAAGACUCCUUGAAUGUAAGGAAAGUGGGAAGGCUUUGGAAGGCAGUUAAUGUGUCAGAGACUCAUACCAACAAUUCGCAACAUCAAGGUCAUUUGGCCUGGGGGAAAUCAAGAGGAUUUAUAAUAUAAAUUUCAUAAAUAUAGGAGACCAAUUUGCUUUAGCUAACAAAUUACUCAUCUCACUUCAUACUUGAGGAAGACUGCAGUAAUGUUAAAAGUGCAGCUGAUUCUUCCAUCCCACUCAGAUCUUAAAUAUUUGCAAGCUUUUCCUCUAAAAUUAACUUAAACUGACGCAGAGUGGUAAAGGAUUUAAGCAAUGCUCAGUCUUACUUGCCUUUUAGGGCAAAUUACUUAACUAGAUCUAAACUUUCUCAGUUAUAAAUUAAUGUUAGCACCAUCUUAUUAGCAUUAUAAGAUUAAAUAAUUACAUUAUAUCCCAUAGAACAUUGUAUGGCUCAUAUUGAAAGUGAGUUAAAUAGCUGCUUCUAUUUAUUUUCAUAUUUGUGGAUAGAGAUCAUAUGAGAGGAAGACUUUUAUAUGUACCAUGACUAUGGGAACAUCUUCUAUCAUCUUUUGAAUGUCAGGUAAUUCCUUCUGGAGAAUAAUUGAAAACCAAACUUUUUGUUCACCUUGCCCUCUUGCCUCACUAGGGGAAAAAAAAUCAAGGCAAGUUACAAUUUGGAGUGAAUGACAGAAAACUCCAUGUUGAAAGUUGUAGGAUGCAAUAGAGCUAUCCUUAGGAAAAUUAACUUCUUUUAAUAUGUGUAGAAAAUAUGGACAGUUAAUGGCCACGAUUCAUUGUCGGUGCACUGUACUUGGUACACAGCCUGUUCUAAUAGGUUCCCUGGAAACCCUUGUUGAUAUCUGAGGAAUGAGAGAGUGAAUGAAUAAGCAGUCAGCUCUAGUGUGUAGAAAAGCUCUAACUAACCAGUUAAGAGCAAAGCCAAAAACAAAGCAACAACAACAACAAUCCUAAAAAAAUUCCUGAGGUGGGAGGAAAAAACCCUCAAGCAUCAUGAAUGAGAGGAAAUGUAACUAAAAAAGAGUUUUAAAGAAAAAAGGCAAUAUUGUUGUGACAGAUACUGUUGGUUGCCUAUCUGUUGGUGUUAGCCAUUCUCCCUUUGCCAGGACUGUCCGCUGCUCAUCUAAAGUCUAGGUCUUGCUCUCCUAGUUUGCUUUGCAUCUGGGCAUGUAUGUAACAGUCCUAGCCAUACAAGAUCUGAGCAAAAUUCUGCAAGUAGGCUUCAGGUUAAAUUUUCUUGCCCAACAAAAUAGGAGGAAAUAGUCCUCUUAUAUACAGGAUGCAUGUCUGUUUGUCUGUGUGAUACUGGAAUUGUGGCCAUUUUGCUACCGGAGGGGUGAAAGGCUGAGAUUGAUAUGCAGGAUAGAUUGGAAUUACCUGCAUCCUUGACGUUGUUGAACUGAGGAACUGCAGAGCUGCCCUGCCCCUGAAUUUUGAGUAAAAUAACAAACUUCAUGCAUAUCUGUUUUAAGUUUGUACUCAAUUUUUUAUGAUAGACCUGAGUCCUGGGGAAAAAAUGUAUGUGUGUGUGUGUGUGUGUGUACACCUUUAAUUUAGUAAGAUGAGGAAAUGUUUAUAUUCAGCUUUUUAUAUUAUAUCUGAAAAUGUGGAAGAGCAUUAUUAAAUAUUUUUUAAACAGG